UCUAUAUCUAAAUGCAAAACAAGACAGGACAGGCUCAUUUGAAUGAAAAAUGGACAGGCUCAUUUGAAUGAAAAAUUUACUCUGUAAACAAAAAGCCGUCCCUCUUCUCCCUCUCUCUCUCUCUCUCUCUCUCUCUCUACAUUCUCUCUUUUCUUAGAGAAACCAAUUUCCCACGCCAUUUACUUGUGCUGGUAUUUUGGUCUGUCUUUGUGGACUUUUACAGAGACACCCAUCUGAUUUUCGAAGCAGAUUUGAUCUAUUUUGGGUACAAUCAAGUAAGGUUUUUGGUUUGGGAAGAAGGGUAGAAAAGGAAUGGGCUGCUUUUGGUGUUUUCAUUUUAAGGAGGAGUUGUUGAAGGAAAAUAAUUCAAAAGAGGAAGAAAAGCUGAAUCCCAGUUUGAAUAGAGGUCAGAGAAAGGAAAUCCACCCUCAUGUCCUCUCUAACAUGUCUAAAUUAUCUUCUGGAAUCGACAGACUGAAAACAAGAAACAAUGGGGGAUUGAGGCAUUUGUCAAUGGCUCAAAAGGAUAUGCCAAAUAUUGCUGCACAAACAUUCACUUUCCGUGAGGUUGCCGCUGCGACGAAGAACUUUAGGCCAGAGUCUUUCUUGGGGGAAGGAGGAUUUGGGCGUGUAUACAAAGGGCGGCUUGAAAGCACGGGCCAGGCUGUUGCUGUGAAACAGCUGGACAAAGAUGGGCAUCAGGGUAACAGGGAAUUUCUCGUGGAAGUUCUCAUGCUUAGCCUUCUGCAUCAUGAUAAUCUCGUGAAUUUGAUUGGGUAUUGUGCCGAUGGGGACCAACGACUUCUUGUCUACGAAUAUAUGCCCUUGGGAUCUUUGGAAGAUCACCUUCUUGAUCUUCCUCCAGACAAAGAGCCACUAGAUUGGAACACAAGGAUAAAGAUAGCAGCUGAUGCUGCUAAAGGUUUAGAAUACCUUCAUGACAAAGCAAACCCUCCAGUAAUUUAUAGGGACUUCAAAUCAUCCAACAUAUUAUUGGAUGAAGGAUUUCACGCGAAGCUAUCUGAUUUCGGGCUUGCAAAGCUUGGUCCAACAGGAGACCAGUCACAUGUUUCCACCAGGGUUAUGGGAACGUUUGGUUAUUGCGCCCCCGAGUAUGCAAUGACCGGACAACUGACAGUGAAAUCUGAUGUUUAUAGUUUUGGAGUAGUUUUCCUAGAGCUUAUUACGGGACGCAGAGCCAUUGAUAGCACCCAACGACGUGGAGUACAGAACCUUGUCCAAUGGGCUCGCCCCCUCUUCAACGACCGUAAAAAACAUGCGAAACUGGUAGACCCGCGAUUGAAUGGUCAGUAUCCAAUGCGGGGUCUCUACCAAGCUCUCUCUGUGGCAUCGAUGUGCAUCCAAGAAGAGGCUGCCGCCCGUCCUCACAUCAGAGACGUGGUAACUGCCCUGUCUUUUCUUGCAAACCAGUCAUAUGACCUUAGUAGUGCUCCGGGACACAUCCGUACACUUUCUGGGGACAAGGAUGAGAAAACAACCAACGAUGAGGGAGGUGGGAGGAUAUUGAAGAACGAAAAAGGUGGAAGAUCCGGACGCAAGUGGGAGUCUGAUGGAACCGAAAGGGAAGACUCUCCGACAAAAAAUGCUAAGGUGACAACUAGGGACUUGGAUAGGGAACGGGCCGUUGCAGAGGCGAAAAUGUGGGGAGAGAAUUGGCGAGACAAAGGGCGUCUAACUGCUCAAGAAAGUUUCAAUGGCACCAACGGGUAAAACCCCCAAACGUUUACUGAAGGCUCCAUCUUUUGCCUUUGCUCAUAUUCAGCACAUGUAGUAGAGGGACUGAAGAAACAAUGGGGGGCUCAAAUGGUUACUUCUGCAAUUUCAUUUAUUUUUUUCGGAACACAUAAAAAAGGGCGGAAGGAAACGGCGUACAUAUGCGGAUAGAAGAAAACAGAGCACAAGAUUAUGAGGUUUUAAAUUUUUUUGGGAGGAAUAUGGUCUCAUGUGGUACUUCUGCUGCCUUUUUGAGGUUGUUCAUCCUGUUGUUGUAUGUAUUCAUAUUCAACAUUUUGAUUUUUGGCGUAUACCAGUCCUUCAGCACCAUAGUUUUCUUGUUCAGCGCGAUUCGAAGAAUUCAUUUCUUCCAUGUAAAUACCUCAUUUCUCUGUCUUCUUGUUUUAAAAUACUGUUGGAUUGACUCUUGCUUGUAUGCUUUUGCUUGUGCU